CUGCCUUGCCCAUAACCGUGCGUUUUACCUGUGACUGCGAGGGAAGCCUGCCGGUCCAGCCGUUCACCUGCGAAAACGAUUACGCGAAGAAGCCCUUCGGUCUUGGAGUUGCGAACUGCGAAGUGCGGCAAGUGUCGUCCUGGCGCUGUUCGACCGGCGUCAACUUGCGCCUCUUCCCGCCGAUAGUCCAGUCUCGCCCCUCGCACUCCAGCCUGCAGUGUCCACUCCCUCCAGAUCCAGGAGUUUAGCUCUACAGUAGAGAUGUUGUUUCAAAUUGGGAUAAGAGCAAAGAGGCAGACAUGGGCUCUUUAAGCAUCUGUAUACUCAUUAAUGGUAAUUCGUCUAACAAGUGUACAGAAAGUUAAAAAAGGUGUGCAGCAAGCAGCUGUCACCCGGGAAAGAUCUGGAAUCAGGUGACGCGAGUUCCCAUCAGAAUCAUAUCUAUUGUUGACCUCUGUCGUUCGUCUCCGCCCUUCCACAGUGAAAAGCCUCCAAAAACUGAAAUAACGGCUAACACGACCGGAGACCGUGCCUAUCCAUGUCUCAUCCACAUGCAUACCUGCCGUCUCAGUCAUUGACCGUGUAACCUGUCUUUGAUUUAUUGGGUAUUUAUUGUCUUUUUAACAGAGUUGUCUUACAAUUGAAGCACUUUAGUUGAGUUGUGUAGGAAGGGAAGCCGAUUUUUAAAGAAAGGUUCUGAAUCAUGCUUCAGAUUAAGCUCAGAAAACCAUCCGGUGAGGGUGGCGGUUCAACAAAGCAGCUACCUUCUGACAGCAUUACUGUUGCAUGUCCUGAUCACCUUGUCUUAGCAGAUCUUCCAGUUGCUAAGAGCCUUGGUUUGGCAAGUGGCACUGCUAUUUUAAAACCUGUUGGUCGGAAAUCCCGUCGUCAGCUUGGAGAGCGAGUUCAUUUUUGUGUUCGUUGUGAUUUUCCUAUUGCCAUCUAUGGGCGUCUGAGCCCUUGCGAACAUGCAUUCUGUUUAGAUUGUGCACGAAGUGAUUCCCUCUGCUACCUAUGCGAUGAACGCAUUCAGAAGAUUCAGACAAUUAAGUUGAUGGAGGGAAUUUUCAUCUGUGCGGCUCCUCACUGUCUUAAGUCCUUCCUGAAGAGAAAUGAAUUUGAGUCUCAUAUUCAUGGAAACCAUGCCGACCUUCUUCACUCAAGUGCAGGAAAAAAUACUAAUGCGUCAGACACUAGCAAUGCUAGAAAACCUGCAGCAUCAGAAUCCACUGUACAAGCACCUCUCAGGUCUGCAUUCUCUCCCAGUCCGGGCUCCCAGGCUUAUGAUCGCGAAGACAAAGGUCAGCAUAUGUCAUCAAAACCACCUUCUACUGGAAAAAUGCAGAACCAUCAAACAGAUCAGCCGGCUGAUAGUAAUCCUCCUCCAGGUUUUGAGAGGUCUGGUUCUCAGAAUCAAUUUUCUCAGCAGAAUUUUGACUCACGGGGUGGGAUGAGACAAGAACCUGGCCCAUAUCAAGACAAGCAACAAGGAGCUGUUGGGGGGUCUCCUUUUUCAGAAUAUUCUAUCAACAAUGCUGCUCCUCAACCUCAUAAUUUCAUGCAUGUUAAUCCAAAUCCAGUUAUGCCCCCUCAAUUCGGAUAUCCUCAUUUUACACCUGAACCAUUUUAUAGUAUUCCAUAUGAUAUGAGAAGGCCAGACUCGACUGCAGAUGUUGGCUCAGAACAAGGAUCAUUACUGGGUUUCCCCCCAGGUCAUGCUCGGCCAUGGAGCAUGUCGCGGGCUGCUGGCCCUUUUGAUUCUCCAGCAGCUCAUGGAUUCAUGGAUGGUUUUCUUAAUGCGCCCGAACAAGGAAGAAGUGCUUUCUUUCAAGGAAGUUCUGCAGCUUUGCCUCCAAAUGGUCCUCCUGCCUCCCCUUCAUCUAAUAAAGGAUUAGAGACUGGACAUGGUGGAUAUUCUAUGGAUUCACGUGAAGCGAAGAUUAAUUUGACACAAACUAUGCCUCUCCCGCCACCUCCUCCUUUGCCUCCCCAUAUGCACCAGCUUAAAAGAGGUAGAUCAUAUUCAGGGGAUGCUGAGUCAUGAUUCCAGGCAGGACUUCAGCUGACAACAAAACAUCCUGAUUGGUCUAUCUGUUUUAAUGUAUUUCUUCUUUCAGUACCUGUUUAUGUUUUUCUGGCUGAUAGUGUUGUAUUUGAAACUAACGAGUCUAAUUAGUGAUAUAUGUUGCAGAGUUCUGUCAUGUUCUCAAUUAUUUAGUCACUUAUAUUGGUAUAAAAAGUUCUUCAUAUAUUACCCUUUUAGUCAUUUACCAUCCCAAAAAGCUUUUCAUAUUGAAUAAUUC